GACGACCACCAAGUCCUACUGCAGCGGGUUGACACGGCACUGAACGCCGUCGUCAUCCCCUUUCUCUGCCUUUUCGGCAUCGGCGGCAACGUCAUCAACGUCAUCGUGCUCCGUCAUCACGGGUUCAAGGACACGACCAGCCAACUGCUGCACUCGUUGUCUGCCACGGACCUCUUGUUCUCGGUGGUCCACGCCGUGCUCCAGAUGUCGUACAUACUUGAAAGCUUCGAGCCGGUGAUGGCCAUGCAACUAAAGACUUUUUCAACAGCGUACACGUCCACGCUGUACAAGGUGCUGAUAGCUUCCAACGUCUGCCACGUGACCGCCAUUGCCCUCGAGCGCGUGGUCGCUGUCUGUUUCCCCUUUCACGUGGCCAGGGUUUUCACGCGCCGUCGUGUCAAACUGGCGAUCGUCUUCUUCUACGUCAUCCCACUUGGCAUGUUUUCCCCGUUUUUCUUCGUCCUCGAGUCCGAGCUGGUAUUCUCUCCCCGGUUCAACACCACUGUGCCCGAUGUGUUUCCCACCAAGUUCUUCAUGGAGAAUAAACCCAUCCUGGACAUUUACUCCAAAGUGGUGCUGGUCAACGUCUUCGCCACCAUAGUUCCGGCCGUGCUCCUGGUCUGCUCCGUGCUCAUUGGCUUCAAGGUCAGCAGGCGGGGGGCGUUCGCCAAAUUGGACAGGAUAUCGAACCAGGACAAAGUCGAGAUGAAGUCCUUGAAGAUGGUCAUCACGGUGUGCUUGGUGGCCGUCUUCAUCUGCCUGCCGGCCAUCACCAUAGAUCUAGCCCUGCUGUAUGCCGACGUCCCUCAUGGCCACGUGUACGACCUGCUGGACACCAUCACUGAGACCCUCGCCCAGGUCCACACGUGCAGUAAUUUUAUCAUCUACGUCACGAUGAGCACCAAGUUCUCAAAAAUCUACCUUAGAUUAUUUUGUCUUUAA